CUCACUGGCGCAGCGGCCAGCCCUUCCCAGCUCGCAGCCGCCACCACUCGCCGACCAUGAAACCGUCGUCUGCCGCCGCCGCCGUCGCGCCGGGCUGCCCGGCCGCGCUUUCCGCUACUCUGUUGCUUUCGCUGCUUUUGCUGGCGGCCGCUUCGUCGCCCGGGACCUCGACGGAGACGCAGAAGGGGAAACAAAAGGCGUUCCGUCAGCGGGAGGUGGUGGACGUGUAUAAUGGGAUGUGUAUGCAAGGACCUGUCGGUCUUCCUGGAAGGGAUGGAAACCCUGGAAUCAAUGGAAUCCCUGGAACUCCAGGUAUCCCUGGCAGAGAUGGGCUUAAAGGAGAAAAAGGAGAAUGUAUGCAAGAAAGCUUUGAGGAAUCCUGGACCCCUAACUAUAAGCAAUGUUCAUGGAGUGCCUUGAACUAUGGCAUAGACCUUGGAAAAAUCGCAGAAUGUACGUUCACCAAGAUGCGCACCAACAGUGCUUUAAGAGUUCUUUUCAGUGGAUCACUUCGACUUAAAUGUAGAAAUGCCUGUUGUCAACGCUGGUAUUUUACUUUUAAUGGGGCUGAGUGCUCUGGACCCCUUCCAAUUGAAGCUAUAGUUUAUUUAGAUCAAGGAAGCCCAGAAUUAAAUUCUACUAUUAAUAUACAUCGCACAUCUUCAGUGGAAGGAUUAUGUGAAGGAAUCAAUGCUGGAUUGGUGGAUGUUGCCGUUUGGGUUGGGACUUGCUCAGAUUACCCAAGAGGAGAUGCAUCAACAGGAUGGAACUCGGUGUCUCGUAUAAUUAUAGAGGAACUGCCAAAAUAGAGCUUUCAACCUCUUCUUGCUAUUCCCAAAACAACAUCCAGGACUUUAUGCAACCUCUUAUUGGUUUGUUUUUCUACAUGAAAAUAUACAUUGGAUUAUAGUGUACAAAUCUAUUUAUAGAAAUAAGGUAAAAAUCUCUUUUGAGCCACGUUUGACUUCAGAUGGUUGAACAGUUAAGUGUAUGUGUAGUUUUUGCCAGCUACCCAAAAGUGAUUUGUUUCCAGGAUGUUUUCGGAUUUCUUGGGAAUUCAUGGUUUGUGCUAACUACGCCUGGGCCUGCUUAACUCCUGAAUCCAUAAGAGCCAGCCUGGUGCUGGCCUCUGCGGAGGUCUUACAGAAAUACCAGUAGACAAUGUUCCAUUUUUAAUUUUAUGUAUCCUUAGCAUUUUUCUACAGCAUUUUGGAAUAUAGAUCCUAAAGGAACAAUUUGUAUUAAUGAUUACUUUUCUAUCAAUUCUAUAUAUCCUUGUAUUUGUUCAGAAAGAAAACCUACAUAGCGUUAAUUUUGUAUUUUUAAAAAAUAAAAAGCAACUUUUUAUUCAAGUGUAUCCUCUCCAUUCCCCCAAAGUAUGAUUUGUUUUUCUAAACUUCAA